GCCUCAUUACAGAAAUAAUCCUAACUGCUCAUCCUAAUUUAAGUUAGGAAACCAAAGAUAGGAAAAAUCCUAACUUCCUAUUACAGAAGCAGUGCCUAACCUAAUGUCCGUUUCCUAUCUUAUCUGUGGCUUCCUAUCUUAUCUUUAUUUAGGAAAAUCCUAAAUGUUCUAUCAAUCUGAUUUUUCGACGGCUAUCAACAGUUUAUGUCUUUUUCUGCACUUGGAAUGUGCACGACACUGAUAGAACGCAUAACUGUAACGACAAAUGAGCUUAAAAGUUAAUGUUAAAGCCUAACGAAAGCCUAAACGAAACAGCAAGCUACGGUCAUGGCAGGUCCAGCUGAUAAGAAGAGGAGGGCUUUUAAUUUCAGCCAAGACGAGUUGGAGGCAUUAGUUCAGGCGGUGGAAGACAGGAAACAUUUAUUGUUCGGUAAAUUUUCAAUGACCGUAACGUCGCAGUCUAAAGAUAGACACUGGAAAGAGGUGGCGGACUCUGUCUCAGCGGUUUGUGGGAUGCUGAGGACGGUGGAGAGUACAAAGAAAAAGUGGUCCUCUCUAGCAAGUGAUGCUAAGAUCAGGGGGGUCUUACAAAGGAGGGACCAAGCAAAGACGGGGGCUGGUUUGCCCGAAGUGAAGCCCCUAACCUCACAGGAGGAGAAGAUCCUGGCCGUCAUGGGUCAAUUUACACCAAAGGCAUUGCAACCGGCACGGAGGUGGGACUGGAUGAGCUGUGUGAGCAGAGAAGUGGCUAGGUGUGUCAGUCGACAUCGUCUGACCCUGAAUCGAGAAGGGUCAUAUUAACGCUGAUGGAUUCAGAGUGUGACACUAUGAAUCUGCCACCAGCAAUUGUCAUCCCAUCACCUG